UCGUGACGCAAGAGGAGAGGAAUACUUGAGCGCAGAGAAGAACUAAACAUCAGAAGGAGCGUGGGAAGAGAUUAAUAAGUCCGGAGGGGAGGGCCUCUUACUUGUCAUUCACCAUCGGUGGUGCUCAGCUGCAUUAUCUGGGUCUGUCUCAGGGCCGAGGGCACAUGGCCAGGAUGAAACCGCAGGAGGAAUCAAACAACGAAGAGAGGUGAUAAAAAUCAGGCGGAAGCAAGAGAAGGGGAAGAGAGGGGAAGCCUGCGAGUGCAGAGGGAACUGCCUGGCCAAGCGGUGAGAAGGUGAGCCCCCCACAGGGCUGCAGCUGGCCCCGGCUGAGCAGUGACCCUCACUCUGCGGAGGGAGACGAGGACCUCCUAGCCGAUCCCACUGGGCGUCCAGCAUCAUCACCGCGAGGCUGUCGGGAAGACAGCAUGGAGUUCUGGCUGGCUGGCGGCUUUCUGCCCCUGCUGCUCCUCGCCUGGCUGCCUGCUGGACUCGCUCACCAGAUUUCAGCCACAAUCAAUGUGUCAGUAGGGUUAGAUGUCGUCUUGCAGUGCCUGCUCCAGACAGGCUCGAACGACAUCGCUGUGGAGGUAAAGCAUUUUAAUACCACCCAAAACAAUGGAGAAAUGCUGAACAAAGAUGGUGUGGAGUUGCAAAACAGUUCUUUCCAGCUCAUCUUCACCGGUGUGAGCAAAGCACAUACAGGAACGUACACAUGCAGGAUGGAGAACACAAGGAACAUAUCUGAGAGCGGACAUGCUGAACAGAAUAAGGAUGACAGACAGACAGAAGAGUCAGACAUCACCGUGAAGUGCAGGUUCAAGAUUUGGUUGGAGAAUCUCCCAGUGAAGUGGUACAAACCUGCAGGUCUGGAGGCAGGGAAUCAAAUCAACACCACAACUGUGGGAGAAAACUGUACCAAUCUCACCAGUGCCAGCGUGUCUGCAGCCAGCACGGGAAUCUGUGACUGUAGAGUGUCCAUCACAAGGUUAAACUUGACAGACGCUGGAAAUAACGUGCAAGGUACAGUUUCCGGACUCAAGUUUCUGCUGUCUAUCUUCUUCGGCUUAGCGGUUGGGACACUUCUUUACAUGCCGAUAAUUGGCAUUCUGCUGUGGCAGUGCAGAAAGAACAGAAAAGGAAAGUUUGUAAGCAUGCAAGUGGUGGAGGGGGAUCAGCUCAGCACGGCAGCCCCAGUGACGGGGACCGAGGACCUGACCUAUGCUAACCUGAAGUUUGAAAAGAAGGAGGUGAAACCCACCUCCUCUGACGUCAUUUACACCAAGAUCAAACCACUGCAACAAAAGCAGAGUGGCGGGGAUGCCGGUGAUGCCAAGGCAGAGGUGGAUGUCUCCCCUGAGGGAGAGGGCAAAUGAAGGAGAAGGGAGGGACGAGCAGCUUAUUCUACGUUUGUCUGGGUCAUCAUCCCUGAAAACUAGGUGUUAACUCAUAUGGAAGUGCAAUCUGACCCCCAAGUGGCUGCACCACUGUGCUUUACAUUCCCCUGGGAGAAGCCAUCUGUUGUGGUGAGGAUGGGGCUCUUCCAGCUGUUUUUCCCCUUGCCUCCCUGCAGUCCCAAGCCUCAGCAACUCUUUUCAUGGUCUCUGGUCACUGAUGGGCUCUUCUAGCAACUUGUUUGGUAUUUCAGUGAUGUCACCAUGCACUGUGUGGCCACCAUGGUCCAGGAAGCACUUGGUGUCCCCUUGGUGCUGGACAAGCUGGGUGGGGUGGCCAUGAGAAGCUCCUCUUGGCACUGGAAAAGUCGUGGAGCAAUUGUCUGGAUUUUCUCCAGAGCAGGCACCUGCUGUGAUGUGGGCUGACUUUGCUCUGGUUCACUUGCUCGAAACACAAGGAGCAAGGAUGAACGGCAUCGUUUGCUUUGCAGAGGUGCAACGUGGGUGCUGCUGCAGUGAUCUAUGUGCAUCUGCUUCAUGCCGGGAGUGGACGGGUGUCCUUAAGCAUGUAGAGCUUUCCUGUAAUAUGUUUUAAAAAAGAAAAGA